ACAUACAGUAGAAACUCGUUUAUCCGGCCCUCAGUUAUACGGAUUCGCGAUUAUCCGGACUACCAAUCGCGACCAAUUUAUAUGUACUCGUACCUACGUACAAAUUAUGGAAUCAUGAACGUGUCGGAACGACGUUAUAUGUCUUUAUGUAAAAUGUCAGCUAAAAAUGGGUUGCAAUUAUAUUUUUCCAUGACAUUGCACGCAAAUACAGUAGAAUCGCGCAAAAGUUAACUCGCGAGAAAGUUAAACCUUCGGCUAAGUUUACCGAUUUUGAGCGUCCACGUACUGCUCUAAAAAGUUAACAUUGGGUUAACUUUUUUGAGCUUUUCUAUUUUUUCAAACCCAACCGUUUGUUUGGCAAGAAAAACAAGCUCGGGUAUUCCCCUCAUUGCUAUGUAUUCCCCGAAUUUCUAUGUAAAAAAUUACAGUCGGUGUCGCGAGGUACAUACAUACGUAGUGUGUCAUGAGCGUUUAAUCUUGCGAGUUGUUUAUGGUUAGUGUGUUAAAAAAUGCCAACAAAGCAGAGAAAAUCAUUGCAAAUCAGGUUAAAUUUGCAUCAAAAAGCUGAGAUUUUAAGAAAACUCGAUGAAGGUAUUCAUGGAAAUCGAUUGGCGUUGGAUUAUAAUGUAUCUAAGGCGGUCAUCUCAAAAAUAAAGAAAAAACGUCAUGAAAUUUUGGAGGCAGUGGCAAACACACAUGAAGUUGCAACCAAGAAAACUUUACAUAAAUCGGAAUAUCCCGUUCUUGAGGCAAGGUUGUAUAAAUGGUUCUUAAGCCAAAUACAGCGUAAUUGUGCAAUGAGUGGUCCAAUUUUAAAGGCAAGAGCCAAGCUCGAAUUUGCCAAAUUGCACACAGGAAAACAAUUUCAUGCAAGUGAUGGAUGGCUUGUAAAUUUCAAGAAAAGAUUCGGUAUUCGCCACUUAAAAAUUUGUGGGGAAAUCCUCUCAAGCGACAAGGCAGGAAUAACACCGUCUAUUCAUAAUUUGCGGACAAAAAUGAAUGAAAUGGAAAUUUCGGACAUGCAGCUUUAUAACGCAGAUGAACCUGAAUUAUUUUAUCGUUUUCUGCCCGAUAAAACAUUUGUGGCGGAAAACGAAAAGGCGGCACUUGGCCGAAAAAUAGCUAAGGAUAGAAUCAGAUUUAUGUUGUGUGCGAACGCAGAUGGUUCGCAUAAGUUGAAACCAUUGAUAAUUGGUAAAUCCGCAAACCCCCGUUGCUUCAAGGGGUUUGAAAACCCAUUGGAAUAUGCUAACUCGCAAAAGUCUUGGAUGAAUUCAGAGCUAUUCUUCCGCUGGUUCCAUCAUUCCUUUAUUAAGCAGGUUCUCAAAUUUUCUGCUGAAAAUAAUUUACCACCAAGGGCAUUAUUGCUGAUUGACAACUGUACUGCACAUAAGCCAAUUGACAAGUUACAGUCAGAUGAUUGA